ACGGGUGACUUGCCCUCCUUCCCAUUCCUUCAAAUCUCGAUUCCCUCUGUGUGAACAUCAACCCCUCUCUUCUUCUUCUUCUUCUUCUUCUUCCCCAUUUCGUUCUCGUCUUGGCUUUGGCUCUCCUCAUAGCUUCCUUUUUGCUCCUUAUCUCUCUCUUCUACUGCAGUAAAACACGCAUUCAAUUGGAUUUCUGAAAAUUGUUGAAGAAAUCGAUCAAUCACCAUACGAACUUCACCCAGACAAUGACUUCUUCCUCUUCUUCUACUUCUUCAUUGUGGUGUUGUUAUUCUUGAAAGGAUUCGUUGAUACCAACACCAACACCAACACAGAAACAAAGCGAGUAGAGAGAAGCGUAAUUAGUUAUGAGGGGAAAUCAGCCACCGCCUCCGACCUCCGGCACCUCCAACCGCAAUCGUCAACGGCGGCGAUCUGACUUGACCUUACCGCUCCCACAGCGGAGCCCGACUCUGGCCGUGCCACUUCCUCUACCUCCGAGCUCGGCCCCUUUACGGUCCUCGAACUCGACUGUUAGCUUCUCGGAGCUGGAGCGGAUCAACAGAAUCGGAAGCGGCAGCGGCGGCACGGUCUACAAGGUGCUCCACCGCCGCACCGGCAAGCUCUACGCCUUGAAGGUGAUCCACGGCAACCAUGAGGACUCCGUCCUCGGCCAGAUGCGCCGCGAAAUCGAGAUCCUCCGCGACGUCGACAACCCUAGCGUCGUCAAGUGCCACGACAUGUUCGACCACGCGGGCGAGAUCCAGGUCCUCCUCGAGUACAUGGACGGUGGAUCUCUCGAAGGCACUCACAUCCACCACGAGCGCUCUCUCGCCGAUCUCUCCCGUCAGGUCCUCUCCGGCCUCUACUACCUUCAUGGACGGAAGAUUGUGCACAGAGACAUCAAGCCCUCGAAUCUGUUAAUCAACUCGCGGAAACAGGUGAAGAUAGCCGACUUUGGAGUGUCGAGAAUCCUGGCGCAGACGAUGGAUCCGUGUAAUUCGUCGGUGGGGACGAUCGCGUACAUGAGUCCGGAGAGAAUCAACACCGAUCUUAACCACGGAAAGUACGACGGCUACGCCGGAGAUAUAUGGAGCUUCGGGGUGAGCAUUCUGGAGUUCUAUUUAGGACGGUUCCCGUUCGCGGUGGGGCGGCAGGGGGAUUGGGCGAGCCUCAUGUGCGCCAUCUGCAUGUCGCAGCCGCCGGAGGCGCCUCCGACGGCGUCGAGAGAGUUCCGUGACUUCAUAUCUUGUUGCCUGCAGAUGGAUCCGGCGAAGAGAUGGACCGCCGGCCAAUUGCUCCGGCACCCUUUCAUUAACAACAAUCAGGGGUUGGAGAAUUUUGAUUAAGAAUGAGAGAAAAUGGAGGAAGUCUGUUACUUUGAGGUUUCAAUCAAUCAAUCAAUCAUUGCAUCUUCCUGAUAAUGUUUACCACAAAAGGAAAAUCCAUCUUUCAAGAAUGGCUCCAAUCUAUGAACAUGUCCUCCUGUUUUUCACAGAUUGGAUUUGGGUAUUCGAUUUCUGGGCAAUCUGUUUAAAAUGUUUUCCUGUUUUGGUUAAAUUUUCUUGCCGGGUUAUUUACUGAAAAAGAUCAAACAAAUGAUGAAUCUUUAGGCUAAAAAUUCCGGGUU